AUGACUUUUGUUGUAUAUGCUGGGGAAAAUAACGUCCCGAUUACGCGGAAGGCAGUACGAUUUGAUGACGGAGUGCCGUCGAAUUUGGAACUCCCAGAAAACAUUCAAGAACGCUCUGUUCGACCUCGAUCGCCAGCGAAGAGACGGACCAUUCAGCCUUUAGGAAUGCGUCAGUAUUCAAUGUGUCCUCUUGAACAGGCAAAACCACCACACAAACCGGCCCAGGAUGUUGGCCAUCAGGACCAAAUCGGAACUGGCCUGAUGUUUAACCAUCUACCCGGAGUCGAUGCCCCGAAGACUUCCCAACCUCCGGUCAGGGAAGUUCCUCUCGCGGAUUCAGUUCUGCACAGACAGAUGGAAGAGGAGGUGGUUUCUCGGUUGUUGCGCCAGUUGGCGCUGGCGUUCUCUCAACCUCAGACACAGGCACCGACACCAUUGGGUAAUAUUCUCUGCAGAUUCAGAUAA